AUGAAGGUCUACAGACUUGUUAAUGCUGCAUUACCACCCAUUGAUUCAGAAUGUUCCGAUAAUGAAAAUGAUUCUGAUCUAACCAAUACUUUUUCUAAAAAUCAAUUAGAUAUUGAUCGUGCUUCAGAUUGUAAUGAAUUUGAUUCUGAUACUUCAAACACUCCUUCUGUCGAAGAACUACUUGAUAUUGUAAAUAUGCUUAUUUUUGACGAAAUUGGAAAUCCUUUUGAUGUUGAUAUUAUUGAAAAAAAUAAUGUAGUUGAACCACCAAUAGAUUUAACAAUUACUACACCGGAAAAUUUGUGUAUAAAUACUAAUUGUUUAAAAAGUUUACAUGAUAAUUUUGAAUCAAUAUCUGGAUCAAAGGAACGUUGUAUUUCGACACCUUUCGAACAGAGAAAAUCAACGAGAUUAGCACAAAUGAAUACUAUUAGAAUGAAUAGCACUAUCUGAAUCAUUUUUAGCUUAACCUAGCAUCGAACAUUUAUAAACAUGUCAUAAAAAAUAACAUAUUUGCACGUGAAAAAAUGUCAUUUAAAUGGUCAAAAAAAUUUAACUUUUCCGUAGAUAUUCCACACCAUACUUUUAAGGAAACAGUAAAUGAAAUAUGUACACCUUGCAAAUAAUUUAAAAUGUUUUUUAAAGAAAACAUUUUUGAAUUGAUUGUAACAAAUACAAAUUUGUACAGUUCUUAAAACUUUGAAAAUCCAAUCACGACAAAUGUUGAUGAAAUAAGAAAUUACAUUGGAAUAGAGCUACUUAUGAGUAUAGUGUCCAUGCUCGAUUACACUAACUUUUGGUCUAAAAAUCUAAGAUACGAACCAAUAGCUGGUGUAAUGCCAUUAAAAAUAUAUCAAUUAUUCAACUGCACUUUGUUGAUAAUUUAACGAUUGAUCAAUCUGAUUGAUUGAUUGAUUUGAAAAUAAAACCUAUUUUAGAGCAUUUGAGACAAAAUUUUUUAUCAUUUGAACAAUACCUUGAUAUUAUAUAGAAGAUAUCACACACAGUUGUUAGGAUCAGAAAAAAAUAUAUACCUUUGAAGGAUUUUAAAUAUUCCAUAGCAAAAACACUACUUACACAAUUAAGAAUAGGAAGACCAAAAUAACAUACUGAUCGUAAGCAAACGCAUCCAAAAACCCACUCCAAAACCAAUGAUCAAUACACGUCUUGACAAUAUUGACCACUUGCCUCAACAUAUAACAAAAGUUCGAUGUGUACUCUGUUCUAAAGGACAAACCGUAAUGAGUUGCAGUAAGUGUGAAAAAAGACUGUUUAUAAAUAAUAUGAGAAAUUGUUUUUAUACAUAUCAUAAGGAAAAAUAAUGAAAAAAGGUACUGGUGAAACUUAUGAACCAUAUUAUCUUAUUUAAAAUUACCAAUUUUAUUAA